CUCGUCCCACCACACACACGCACAGCCACACACACGCAAAGGAUGGCACAGCAGGGCGCCACCCUGCAGAACUUCAACAAUGAGCUCGUGAAGAGUAUCGAGGAGCUGCGCGAGAAGCGCGAGCAGAUCUCCCGGGCGAUCCUCAAGGAAGAGGAAGAGAAGGCAAAGAUCUCGAAUGACCUGCGGAUCCUGACUGAGCGACUGUCGCGGAUCAAUGAGUCGCUUGCGCGCAAGAUCUCGGCGCGCAACGAGUACGACAAGACCAUCCAGGAGACGGAGCAGGCGUACAUGAAGAUCCUGGAGUCGUCGCAGACGCUGCUGCAUGUGCUCAAGCGCGAGACGGUCAACCUCAACAAGCAGGUCGGCCAGUGAGCGGCUGCCCUCUUGCGGCCCAUGUAAAGAAAUGCGUACACUC